CCUCGCGAGUGGGCGCUCGGGGGCAGGUUUUCGUUUCGUUGGAUUUGAUUGACGAGAUAGUCCGACAUAGGGCUGAAGGAGAGGGCCGGUCGUAGAUUCCUAAAGUCUGCAGCGGUAUACAGUUACUGCAUGCAGGAAUAUUGUUGAGAAGGAGACAACUGAAGAGGUAGUCGAGUUAUAAGGCAGAUCUUAUCAAAGUUAGAUCCAAGAAUGGAGGGAGCUGAGGCGGAGCCAAAAGUUGAGCGAGACAGGUCGCCAUCCAAAGCUGGCAAGGAGGGCGGCGCCGACCAGAACGGCUCACGCGCGCGCGACACGCGGCCCCGGCGCGACACACGCGAGCGGCGGCCGCGCGACGGCCGUCCGCCGCCGGGCCGGCCGACUGGCGGCGACAGGCGACAGCGACCAGAGCGGCGCGUAUACGUCUCCAACAUUCCGUUCGAGUUCCAGUGGCAAGAGCUGAAAGACCUCUUCAGAAAGGAGGUGGGCGACGUAUCAUUUGUGGAGGUGUUCCACGACGAGAAGGGCCAGUCGCGCGGCUGCGGCAUCAUCGAGUUUGACUCGCCCGAGCUGGUCGACAAGGCCUUGGAAAUCAUGCAUCGCUACGAGCUCAAGGGACGCAACAUUGUCGUGAAGGAGGACUUCGGCGUGGAGCGGGACCGGUACGGCCGGAUCCUGCGCGGCGACAGCCGGCCAGAAGGGCCGCCGGGCCGCGAGCGCGGCAUGGACGCGCGCCGACCCGGCCCCGGCGGCUUCCGCGGCGGCGAGCGCGAUGAGCGGCCGCGGCUGGGCGCACCCGGGCCGCCCGGGCCGCCGGAGGCCAAGUACACCAACACGUACGGCCUCAACGUCAGCUUCCUGGAGAGCCUCGGCAUCGACGGCCCGCUCGUCAACCGCGUCUUCGUGGCCAACCUGGACUACAGCGUGGACGAGCAGAAGCUGAAGGAGGUGUUCAGCCUGGCUGGCAAGGUCGUCUCGGUGUCGAUCAACAAGGAUCACGAGGGCAACAGCAAGGGCCACGGCGUGGUGGAGUUCGACCACCCGGUGGAGGCCGUGCAGGCCAUCUCCAUGCUGAACAACCAGACCUACCUGGAGAGACGCAUCAGCGUGCGCAUGGACCGCGUGGCCGAGCGGCGCGACCGCGACCCCAAGAUGUCGCUGCCGGCUGGCCUCAAGAGCAUCGGCCAGGGCCUGGGCAACAACGGCGUGGCGCUCGCCGACGUGGCCUCCAAGAUACAGGAGACGCCGGCGCCGGCCGUGGCGGCGGCGGCGCAGCUUGGCGGCCUAGGAGGGCUGGCUGCCAACAACGCGGCCGCGCUCGGGCCUGGACCAGGGCUGGGCGGCCGCGCCGGGCUGGACCAGGGCCUGGGCGCGCGCUCCGGUCUGCUGGACCACGGCAUGGGCGGCCGCGGCGGCUUGCUGGACCACGGCCUGGGCAGCCGUGGAGGCAUGGAUGCCGGCCGAGGGAGCAUGGAUCACGGCCUCGGCGGCCGCGGAGGCAUGGAGUCGGGCAUGGGCGGCCGCAGCGGCAUGGAUCAAGGUUUGGGCGGCCGCGGAGGGAUGGACGCCGGUCUCGGCGCCAGAGGCGGCCUGGAUUCGGCUAGGGCCGGCCGCAGCUCUUACAAUAGUGGCUAUGGCUCUUCCAUGAACUCGGGCCCGGACAGCGGCUACAAUUCGUCGUCCAGAAACUACUCGGACUCCAUCAUCGUCAGCAACCUGGACCCGGCCUACAGCUGGCAGGCGCUGCGCGACAAAUUCCGCGACAUCGGCGAGGUGCGCUUCGCCGACAUGAAGGGUAAGGGCGUGGGCGUGGUGCGCUUCUCGAGCCCUCACGAGGCGCAGCGCGCCAUCAACCUGAUGGACGGCGCCCGCUGCGACGGCCGCAUGCUGGACGUGCGCUCGUACUGAGCGGCGCCGGCGCCCGGCCGAGCGGGGUCAGGCCGGCCGGCUGCUUCCUCGCUCCCUUCCCCCGGCGGUGACGUCGGCCGAGGCUCGGGCUCUGCCCCGUUCGCCGCUCCGAGUCCGUACGUCGCCGUUUGAAGCUCUGUCUUCGCUCUGCGCCGGUCCGUCUGGAGCCCUAGCGGGAGGCGCGGCUCCGACAUGAAGAUGUUUCGCUUUUGGGUACUGGCCGGAUGGCAGUUGCUGCGGAGUCGGGCAUUGCCGUCCAGGAAGCUCUGACGGCGUCCUCUUCACCUCCAGCGCUGUACCGCCCUUCGAGCUUGUGUGGCGUAGCGACUGGUGUCGUAACUGGAUGUGCAGAUUCACUGGAAGUAGUUUCCGCGCACAGUUGCUGUCUUCGUGUGGUCCGUCACCUUUCUGGGAAAUAUACAUCUCAUCAUCUACAUGGUGCGUUAUGUUGAAGUUGACUGGACAAGGCUGGUGAUCGUCCUCAUGGUCCCUGAUGUUACCUGGGAGGUCGCCGUGGGAUGUUGGACGGCUAGAUUCGCGAUGCCAGACGACGAUCAUUGCUUUAGUCAGCAGAGUGCGUGUGCCUAAGGCAGCUGCCACGUGCUGGGAUGGCUGAUCGUAUGAAGAAACUCCCGCAUCGUUAUCCAGUACUUGCUAACUGUCUGGAAUGUGUAGUCUUGCUUCUCUUGAACUGUUUGUGUUCAAAUGAGACCGUCUGCUGUCGUAUCGGGCAACAUUUGCCUGCGUCUAGUAACAUUCCGGCUUUGCUCCCCUAUGCCACGUCUUGUAUUGCCCUCGCGGUUCCGACCAGAGCUGGACGUUUAGGAUGCGUGUCCUAGUCUGCAUUUGAAUGGAGCGGCCUGGUCGUCGAGGCGUGCGAUGCCGCGCAUCCUCCGAGUUCAACCGAACGAAGGGAGCGUGCUUGGUCCACACUCAGCACCUGCUGAAGCGGACGGCCCGGCUGGCGAAGGGGGCUGCGCCUGUUGCCGUCCGCCCGGCCGUCUGCACUCGGCGCGGCUGGCCCAGCGCAGGGCGGUGCCUCGUCUCAGCGCGUGGAGCGGUAAGCGCGCCAGGGUUCCCGGUGUCCGCCGCCGACCGUGCGUGUCCGUCCACAGGCUGCCGUCGCGUGUCCACGGUGGAGCGGCGACUGCGUCGGGCGCGCGUCGGCGUGAACACCUGAGCUUCCAGUGCUCAGGCACUGGCCUGACCUCAGGGCGGCACGCCUCCCUCUGUCCGCCAGACCGAUGACGGUGCGUGGACUUCACCUCCAGCAGCUCUGUUCCGAGUGGUUAUGUGAUGCGCUUUAACUCUCUCCGUCCUACAGCUGCCGACGCUGCACAGUUCCCGCGCUCGGUCUGCAAUCAGUUUUCGGGAGACAAGUGAUCGCAACGUAAAAUGUCUUUGUGGUACGUGGCUAUUCACACCUCUACCAUCUGACCGCCGUCUCUGACCGGUUUGUGGCUUUUCGAAAUAUCCCAGCUCGUCCUGUUUCGCCGUGUUUUCCAUGCUCCUACUUGAAACCACAAGACCUGUUGCUAUACGAAUGAUCUCAGCUAGUGCGCGUUCACGUUAUCUAUAACGCAAAUCCCUAUGGAAUCGGCCUGCCGGACUAUGCUCCUGUGGUACUGCAUUACUCCCAUGAGUAUUCGACUGGGUCAGAUUUUUGCAGAUUAUUGCUGUGGUAUGUGGGUUUUCGACAGCCAUUCAUAGCUUCAAUUUGUUUUCUUUCCUUACUUAAGUAAACGGAUAAACUGGUCAUCUUUUGGUAAACCAAGCUUUCAUUCGUAAGUGCCCUAGGAAGUUGGCUAUCUCUUCGAAAGUCGAGCCUGCUCUACCUAGGUGCCGCAAUUAAAUUGCUAUUUGGUGCUGUCACUGACGACUGCCAAGCAAAAUAUUUGACAGAUACUUCGUCACUGGAAUUCACUUCAAUUGUACAGCAGAUAUCAAGAUCAAUGACAUAUUUUCUGCCUUUCAGCCUUUUUGGCCAUUGGGCUGGUGCAUGUCCGUUGCCAGUAAAAAUCAAUUUCACCAUGAAAAAGUGCUCUGAUGAAUGUGCACAAAGUGCUACAUUCAAGAACCAAUAUGUCAGUUACGCGCUGCCAAAUGUUCGCGGUAGAGAUUUUCCACGAAGGGGUUUGUUGUGCAGACUAAAUAGGAACGGCUGUUUUACUGGUCGAUCUCCACGCCGUCUCGUGCGAGGUGGGUGGAGCCUCCUCUGCGCGGAGGUCGUGCCACUGCCGUGGUGCUGCGCUGUUAGUGUUUGAGACCGCUCGUCUAGAGUUGUUUUUGAUCAAGCUGCUCCCGAUACAGCUUCGGUGGCAACGCAGAUGCUUGUCAUUACUCUUCCGCUCAAUCCAUCCUUUUUACAUUCUUUAGAGUUCUUGUAUACCACGCCUUCGCAUCGGUAACAAUUCUAGUCGCCGAUCUGUGAAUGCUAGUCGGCCAUAGCUGACGUAGAUCGCCGCACCGCAUUCUCUGGCGGGGCAGGCGAGCUCCGACGUGACCGCGAUGUGCCGCUAGCGGUCAGGCGCCGGUUGAGCUUCCGUCUGCUCCGCUUGUACGCAAAACGGGUGGAUCCUGCACCGGGCUCGAGCACCGCACCAAUAGCAGUCACUUGCGGCCGUGUAGGCAGCGCUGCCGCUGAUGCUGUGGCGUAUCAGGUGUGUUCCAGUCACUGGCCGUGAUGUCCGCCUUUUUGAUGCUCGCACAGGGGCUACCGGGCUUCUUGGUAGUGUACGACUGGUAUGUGCGCUGUUUUGCAGACCUAUAUCUCCGCAGCCGUCGUCACCGUUCAAGGCGUUUUGUCUCUCCUGUAGCCCAGUUUCACUCGCGCUCUGCUUCCUAGCUAGGUGCUGCAUUGUCCAUUUGAAGUGGUCUCGCUGGAAUCGCUGUCGCUGCAACGCAUCGUCACCAAAGGUACGUGCUGCCCGUGAGUGAUAUGGCCAGCCAACGGUCGGGAGGGAUGAGAACCCACCAGAGCAACUGACAGCGUGUUCUUGCGGGAAUGGGCCAGUGGGUGGCUCACACUUAACCUACGCUUCGAUCGGCAUUAUUGAUAAGAACAAUGACACCUCUAAGUGACAGAAGCAUCACCGCACAGCUAUCAACAUAUCGGAAGGCAUUGCUGAACAGACAACGAAUAUAGGAUUGUAUUGAAAUGAUUUGCAAUGCAACGUUAAACGUCAGACCAUUGAAGCGACGCGCUCGCGGCGGCUGCGGGGAGCGCUGCUGUCAAGGAACAUGUAGUGUGUCAUGGCGGACCAUGUCAGCAUGGCCCCCUCUUCAUUGAUGAUAGUGAUACCUCUUUCCCAGUGUACUAAAGGUCAUGGAUUGUCGCUGCCACUGAAAAGUGUCGUCAGUUGCGUUGAAAAAAACAAAAGAGCAGGGUCUUACGGUCUGUCUUCACCACGCAAAGCUUCUACGUAGGUAAUAUUGGCGCAGAUACGAUCUGAUAUCCAGCAGCCACCGAAAAGCAAUGCCCAGCUGCCUUUACUGGAUGCGUUCGCCACCAACAGCGCCGUUCCGUCUUGAUUUACGAUAACGUGCUGACUAGGUCUGAUGUACGUCCAUGUAUCGGCAUGCGGAGGGGGUGGUGACGGGAAUCUGUCCUGCGUGACUGGCGUGACGCCUGCCGUGACUCGCUGACCCGCUGACACGUGACCCGUGACCCCAGGCGGCCGCCGGUCAGCCGGAGUGGCCCAGGACGGACGGCGCCCGGGUCCGGCUGCAGCUCACCGCGCCGGUGGCCCAGGUCAACCGGUUGACUUCUGGCAAAAAGCGCCUUGGGGUUCACAUGCCGAACGUCAGUAGGAGCCGGCCAUACGUCACCGCAGUCCAGAGAUGCUGGGGUUAUGGACGCUGUUCCAGAGCGCUUGUGACACAUGUUUAAUGGGUUUUGCGAUUGUUGUACAAUGUGGGGUACGAUUAUCUUUACACUGAGCUUUUGGUCUACACGACGGUGCCAUCGCUGUAUGAUGGCGCUGGGACGGCCCGCCCGAAUGCGCCCUUGCCGAUGAACGGGAUCUGUGUUGUGAUAGCGGGCUGUGAUUUUGUAUGCAUUGUAGCAUGGCUGUGACACGUGGGGGAAUAAAGCCCCAUUUUCGCA